GUUUUACCUCUAUCCACAGAAUCAAAGCUGUCACAACCACUUGAUUGAAAUGUAAUCUAUGCAUCUUCUUUAUCCACAACCGCAUACUAGUCUUAUUCAAUCUUAAACCAAUAACGAUAACGAAACUCACACUCUUCUUAACAUGGCGUUGGCUUGUGCAACAGCCACAGUCUCCUCUUUCACCGCCUUGAGACUUCCAUCAUCAUCUUCUUCUUCUUUCCGUGUCUCUUUCAGUUCCGUUAAACUUCCUUUCUCAAACAAUGUCAAUUCCCUAAAACUCAAUUGGUCUAGUACCAUUUCCGCUCCAAUUACUCACCAAAACAACUCCACCACCGUUACUCCUCCUCCUCGCUCUCUCACUAUUGUAUGCGCUAAAGGCUACAAAAUAAAAACUCACAAGGCAUCCGCUAAGCGAUUUAGGGUAACCGGUGCCGGCAAAAUUGUGCGUAGAAGAGCCGGAAAACAACAUUUGCUCAACAAGAAGAAUAAAAAGAGGAAAUUGCGUCUCUCCAAAAUGAUCCAGGUCAACAGAAGUGACUAUGACAAUGUAAUCAGAGCUUUGCCAUAUCUGAAAGUAAACAGGAAUGUUACAUAAAUGUUGUACUUUUAAAUCUGAGUUAUGAAUCUAGAGGUGUUUAGUAUAAUGAUUUGUGGCAUCUCCAAUAUGCUUUUACACCAUUUGGAAGUUGUUUUAUUUUACAAAUGAAUUGAGGUAGUUUUUGCCACUUGAAAUAUCAGCCACUCUUGAAAAUGUUGCCUUUCCUUGUAUUAUGUAAUAACAAUUUGUAUAUUUAUUAUUGAGUUCCACUAAAUUUAUAUUGGGAUCAAAUA